GUGCAAAGCAGUACAUUCUGCAAUGGCUGUCAGCAUGUGCAUGUAACAUAUGUCUCAACGUUCUCUUCCUUAAGUGUGACCUAUUUUUGUCUUGACAUUUAAACGUUGGUUGUUGACGUCCGCAAAAAUGGCCGAUCUAGAUGAUUUUUUCGCAAAGAAAGAUAAGAAGAAAUCUAAAGUCAAAAAGUUUACGGCUAGCGAGCUGUUGAAUUCGUCAAAGUUCCAGCAGGGAGAAGACGUGGCAGCUGCUCCGACCGGUGUCCCCAAGAAACAACCAGCCGAAAAGCCCAAGAAGGAAGAAGUUGCUCAGGAAUCUGGAGACUCAGAGGCUGCCCCUGUUCAAAGUAAACCAACUGCAGAAGCUGAAGAAGAAGAAUGGGGGGAAUUUGAACAAGAGAAGGAACGUGACUAUUCUGGUCUUAAGAUCCAGAAAUUGCAAAUCCAGGAUUCUGAAGAUGACUAUGGUGAUGAAUCUGGUGAAACAGAGCUGAAUGAAGAAGGUGAAGUUGUUAAAAAGGAGCCUGCAGGACCUUGGAACAAGAUCAAUGCUCAGCCAACUCCGAAUGUUAAAGUUAAAGAAGCAGUUGUGGAAAUUCCUACUCCCAAUACUGCUGGAGGUGUUUAUAUACCACCAAGUAAGCGAAACCAGCCAGCAGGAGGUAGCUCAAGCAGCUCUGCAUCUGCAUCAAGAUCACGAACUGGCAAAAAAGAGAAGGGUGCACCAGACUUGAAUAACCAAGAAUUUUUCCCUACAUUGUCAGCAGCUGUGGCCAUUGAGCAGAACAACUUGAAACUCAAGAAAUUUGAACAGACGGAGCGUGGCUUUACCGAAGCUAAACCCAGCCGAUCCCAUUCUAAUCGCAACGCUGUUGUUCCGGGACACGAGGGUCCUCAUCUUCACUUGGGCAACAAAUUUAAUGCCCUUUCCAACGACGACUAGAUAAAGGAAAUGUUAAAUGAAAAGUCAGGGUGUAAGUCUUCAGCUGUAAGGAAGAAAAAAGUAUGAGGUGAAUGAAUUGUUCUGGUUGUAAUUUCUCAUUCUUUUCCCCCCUCCUCUUUGUGGGCGAGAGUCAACUGUCAGCAGCGAGAGCGUAGAGGGAAAAAGGGAGACGAAUGUUCAUUGGACUAUGUUCUAUAGUUGAUGCUAGCUUAAUUGAUUCUUCCGUUGAUACUGAAACUGAGGGCUUUCUUGGCGUUCAACAGAGACUUUUUGUUCUCUGUAGUUUUCUUUUUUUUUUUU